AUGGAUAUAUCCCUCGGAGUUGAACAGAAAUACUCCCUCAUUACCCGUCGCCUCGAGCUCCAGAAUGGCUGGUGUGGCAAGAAGCUCCAGUCACUCCUCACCGAGGGCAAGACUCUCAAGUACCAAUGGGCCACUGCCCCAACUGGAAAGCCACACAUAGGCUACUUCAUCCCCCUGAUUAAAUUUGCCGAUUUUAUUCGCGCCGGUGGAGAGGUCACGGUUGACUUGGUCGAUUUGUACGCCUUCCUGGUCAACUACAAGUUCCCUUGGGAUCAAGUCCGCAACCGUACGACGUAUUACCGGUUUCUGAUCACUGCCGCCCUCCGGGCCGCUGGAGUCUCCAUGUGCAAAAUUUCGGUGAUCGAGAUGUCCUCGUACCAGAGCACGCCCGAGUUCAUGGCAGACUUCUGGAAGCUCUGCGCGCUGUGCUCGCAACAGGACGCGCGGGAGACUGGAGCAGAAGUGGGCGGGUCCACGAUGCUUAGUCCUCUGCUCACCCCGCUGCUCCAGGAGCUGGGAGAGGAGUAUUUGGGUGUGGAUGUUGAGCUUGGUGGGAGGGACCAGCGCGGCAUCUUCAACCUCGGCGAACGUUUUUUGCCUGAGCUAGGCUAUGAGAGACGUGCCCACCUGAUGAACGAGCUUCUCCCGAGUUUGGCGGGUGGCAAGAUGUCUUCCUCGAGUCCGGCCCAUACCAAAAUCUUAUUCCUCGACGAUGCGGCGGCGGUGGAGGAGAAGAUCACAAGGGCUUCGUGCCCAGCAAAUGCUGUUCAAGGUAACGGUGUGCUGCCCAUCGUUGAGCACAUCCUCAUGCCCGUUGGCGAUAUCCGACUGGGCGAUAAGGCAAAUGCGGUUGACGGUGCCACGGCAACCAGGGGUGAGUUGCAGGAGGGAACUUGGUUCAGCGUUGCCGUGCUAGAAACAGGAUGCGAGGAUCGUUUGCACCGCAGCUACUGCACGUAUGAGGAGCUUGAACGGGACUACGUGGCGGGAGUGAUUGAGCCCACAGCACUGAAGGAAGCGGUUGUAGACGCACUCAACCGGCUGCUAGAGCCAAUCCGCAAGAUGUACGAGGAGAACGAAGAGUGGAGACGGGCAGACCAGAUGGCGUAUCCAGAGGACUGGCCCGCAGAGUAG